UCUUGAAGGUUACUGGAGCUAUACCGUUGAUUCCAAUGGAAAAUGCCAAGAAACCCCUUGAUGUGUUCUCAACCUCCCUUUCAAAAUGCAUAUCCGCCUGCGGUUCUAUGACACAGCAGCUCUUACCACGUUGGCCUCAGCACUCCAGACCCUUCCGGGUCAUCAACUCUGACCGCUCCAUUAAGAAAGGCAUCAUGGCAAAUGACCUGAGAAAUCUACGGAACAAGGUGAUGGAUAUAUUCCACAUGCACUGCAUCCGGGCUUUAGUGUUGGAUGAGGAUGGAACUGGAGUGGAUACAGAGGACUUUUUUCAAACAUUAAAAGAUAACACUGUCCUAAUGGUCUUAGGGGAAGGACAGAAGUGGGCUCCACAACAGAAACACUUUCCGGGUCAGAAGAAAGUAGAAAGGAAACAUACAACUAAGAGUGAUCCUGGAUGUGGCUGGAAAAAAACAAGGAAAGACGUUGCCAAACUGACUUUUGAUCUUUACAAAAAUCACCCACAGGAUUUUAUUGGCUGCCUAAAUGUGCAGGCAACAUUGUAUGGAAUGUACUCUGUGUCAUAUGAUUUGCAGUGCUAUAAGGCAAAAAGAAUGCUAAGGGAAGCCCUAAGAUGGACUCUCUUCACUAUGCAGACUACUGGCCAUGUUUUAGUAGGAACUUCGUGUUAUAUGCAGCAUCUUAUUGAUGAGGACGAGAAAACGGAGGCACAACUGAUAUCGCCUGCAUGCAUCACCAAGCAGUUACAACAUUAAACGAUGGUGUUUCACGGCUAGGGCAAACUAACCAGAGUGCACUGCUUGUUGAUUUAAUGCUUCAUAAAAUGUAUAUUUGUGAGUUAUUAAAUUCUAUGUAAACAGCAAAAUGUACAGUUAAAGUUAACAAUGUUUACACAUAAAAAAUAUAUAAGAAAUUAAACGUUAAUGUUAUUUCAUUUAUUUUGGCUUUAAAUUUUAAUUCCCGUCCUCACAAAAUUGUAAACCCAACUCUUACAUGUGAGAGGUUACACCACUCUUGAAUUUUCAAUUUCAUGAACAUGUCUGGGGGGACACAAGGUUACAUGUGGUUUGCCAUUGCAAGGACGAUCAGCUGUCCUUCCUAUCUCCCUUAGGCAUCUUACAUUACGGAUAUUGAAGUUUAUAUCUGCAGUCCUCAUGCAGUCAGAGUCCGUAUAGGUCUCUUUAAUAUCUAUGGUUUAAGGUUUGUUUUUAUGUAUAAUAAAAAGUAUGAAAAAUAUUGUUUAAACCC